UGUUUACCUCUAAGCUUACCGAUGAGGGUAGUAGGUGAUUACGCACUCUAUUGUUCACUAGUGGAAAGACGGUGCUCUCACAGGGCAUCGAUGAGUUUUUUUCUCCCCUCCUCCCCGAGGUGUCUCAUUCACUUUUCAGAUGGGGACUCUGGCCCUCCUCUUCUGCACUGACGAAAUAGUGGACUGCGUAAAGCGAAAUUGAACUUGUUGCACAGCAGCACUUCAGUGUUUCUCUUGCACGGAUCGGAACCAGCAUCACCAUACUGAAGUGGCACCCUGCAACUUGGGAGAACCAAAGCCCGAGGAACCUGAGCAAGGCGCACUGAGGAAAUACCUAGCCAUCGCACCACUCUGUGGAGGACAUAAGCCUACUUUGGACACGUUUUGGCACAUGCAUUUAACACACUGGGACCUUACUUAAUUGAAGGAAAUAAGUAUUUUUUUACAUGUCAUGGAAUAGAAAUCCCUUCAAAAUGCUAUUAAAUAUAAAACAUAUCCUGUGGUUGUAUUGCCUCUGCCUAGCUGCACGGGGAACAGCUUCCAACACGCUGACCAUGUUGAAGCCUGUGAGCGGCUCCCUCUCGGGGAAGGUCACCCUGCCUUGCUUCUUCUCCAACCUCCCCACCUCCCCGCCCCACAUCAGCGCCAACGGCAGCACCGUCCUCAGCAGGGACUACCUGCGCAUCAAGUGGACCAAGAUGGUGGGCGAGGUGGAGUCCACGGUGCUGGUGGCCCAGAGCGGACUCAUCAAGAUCGGCUCCAGCUACCGCAACCGCGUGUCCGUGCCCAGCCACCCGGAGGACGUGGGCGACGCAUCGCUCACCAUGGUCAAGCUGCGCGCCAGUGACGCGGGCACAUACCGUUGUGAGGUCAUGUACGGCAUCGAGGACACCCAGGACACCGUCAGCCUCGAUGUCAACGGUGUUGUCUUCCACUACCGAGCGGGCGUCAGCAGGUACACCCUAGACUACGCCCAGGCCGUGCAGACUUGUCAGAAGGUCGGAGCCACCAUCGCCACGCCUGACCAACUGAAAGCGGCUUACGAGGACGGUUUUGACCACUGCGACGCGGGCUGGAUCGCAGACCAGACAGUGAGGUACCCGAUCACCAAGCCUCGGCAUGGUUGCUUUGGUAACCUGAUGGGUAAACCCGGCGUCAGGACCUACGGAGUGAGGAAAGCCACGGAGACCUAUGAUGUCUACUGCUUUGUAGACAAACUCCAUGGUGAAGUGUACUACACUCCAGGGACUCGCAAGAUGACCCUGAAGGAGGCAGAGGAAGAGUGCAAGAAGAGAAACGCUGUGCUGGCGUCCCCAGGCCAACUCCACGCCGCCUGGAGGCAGGGCCUGGACCGAUGCGACUACGGCUGGCUCUCCGACGGCAGCGCCCGGCACCCUGUGGCCAUACCCAGAAUGCAAUGCGGCAGAGGCCUGCUGGGUGUCAGAACCAUGUAUCGCUACAAGAACCAAACUGGCUUCCCGGACCCUUCUAAGAAGCUGGGAGCUUACUGUUUUGGAGGACGCAAAGAGGGGAUCCACCAGACCUCCAUUUUGGACAUGUCUCUACUCGAACUGACAACCCCCUCACCAAUGCAAAAGUCAUCGACCACCGGCGCCCCACCCAGCUCGACCACCACCCUGUCCCCAGUGGAGAGCAGCACCUCCACCCUCACGCCUAGCUCUGAAACUGUAACAGCCGAGGAGGAGGAGAAGUCUGGGGAAUCGUCCUCCAUGUUCUCCACCAGCAUGGCUCCACCUCAUCCAACUCCUUCGGGCGCCGAGGUCAUGGAAGAGCUCCUGGUCACCACCACCAUGCCACUCUCAGCCGCCACCGAGGAGACGGAGGAUGAUGCCGCCUUCACCAAGACCGCCACCCUCGCUGACAGUGUGGAAGACUCCGAAAGCGGGAAUGACACCCGGACGACGGACGUGCAACGCGGGACCGUCUCUCCAGCGCCAUGGGCCACAUCAGAAAGCAGUCUGGGCACACACGCCACCGCCGUCUACACCCAUGACACGGAAACAGAGCCCCUUUCCUGGCCCACCGAGGAACCAGACGAUCAUGAGGAGAUUCAUGUCGGCACCGUGCAACCGCACUUCCUCUUAGAGCAAGCUCCCUCCGGCACCGAACCCAUGUUUGCUGUCGGGAAGACGGAGGAGACAGUCCUGGAACCAGGGGUCCCCACGGAGAUGACUGGGCUCUAUGACACUCUCACGACAGACACUGCCGAAGGGACCUCAGAAGAGCUGGUCAGCUUCACUGAUUCAACCACAACAAUCCCAGAGACGUAUUGGCCGGACCCUCAGGAUUAUAGUCCAGACCCCUUGGAUGAAAUCGAGCUUGGGAUACCCCUGGAGGGACCACCGCCAUUUGAAUCGUCAAAGGCUGGCCUGAAGGAGCUGACAACCCUAGAGCCAACUGUACUACCUGUGACUUUUAUGUGCAACACAAGAGGAGGCACCGAGUGGGACACAGAGGGGGACACCACCACUCAAGUGUCGCCCUCCACACCUUCAUCCAGCGAGGAAGCCAGAACGCCAGCAGUUGUGUACAAGGAAGGCGACGUGACAAUCACGGCUACCAUGACGACGACGACACCUCAGCCUCCGGGUGUGACGUCAAGGAUGCCUCACUCCGAACACACGACCGUCCCCACUUCCAACGUCGACAGUGAACCCCCCAGCGACGAUCGGGUCACGUCUGCUACAAGCGUUCGAGUGUUCGAUGAGUCCCAGGCCAAGAUUCCAGAUUCCGGCCGGCAGGUCCUGACAGGAGAUGAGGAAACAGCAACGGCUAUUGAUGCAGAGUACCUGAUAUCUUCUACCAGAGCCUCAACCCUAGAGCACCCGACACAGGCUGCAGGGUCUUUGGUGGUAGAGGGACAAACUACCCAGCUCACGACUGAAAAGCAGGAACAGGAGUUGGAUGCAGGUGAGGAGCACCAGGCCCCUGUCAGCCCUCUGAUACCAGAUGAGAGCAGCUUUUUCUCGGGGGACGCUGAGCCCAUUCGUAACACUGGAGCCCCAGAUGUCAUAUCAUACACUGCUGUUAGCGUCUCCCCAACAUCCAAACCAAUCCCAGAUUUGGCUGGUUACGAUGUCACUGGGGUUCCAAAUGUGGAGCCAACACCCCCUCGACUUCCGGAAGUGGUUGACUUGUUAACAACACAGGGCCUUGUACAGAUAGAUAAGACCACUGUAUCAGCAUCAACAAUGGAGGACAUGGUUCGAUCCCAGGCCACACAAGGAGCUGCAGCUAUCACAACCGUCACAGAGGCCACUGAGGUAUUUAGUGAGGCCACACCUUCCACUUCCGAUUCGAUAGCUACACGAACACCAUCUGUGGCAGUUUCCGAAGAAACCGAUUUGUCGGCUCCCUCAACGUUAACUCAUGAAGGAUCUACCGCUGUCAGCACGCCAUCAUCACACAGAGAGCCUGGCUUUUCAGUAGCUACACCCACCAUUGUCAAAAGUGACUCAGAAGUUAGUCAGACAGAGCUGUCUGGUGUCCAGGUUUUUAGUUCCGCCACCACCGAACUAAACACAGCCGCAGAUAGAGACAUGGCCACAGAGGGAAACUUGAGCACAUCUGCUCCUUCAGCUGUCCAGGCCAUAACAUCAUCCUCUUCACAGACUGUAGCCUCUCCCACCUCUGACUCAACAACAAAAACAACAAUGACAGAAGACCCGGCCCAUGAAACCCAAACCUUGAUAGGAGCUUUCACAACCACAUUGAAUCCUUCGAUGUCAAAUGGACCAGAUUCUGCUGAAGAGACAAUCAGUACUGAGAAGGCCACAGUUACACAGGCAAGCCCUGAAAAAGCUCAAGCUCAUACCACAGGGGAAUAUUCAGACAAUACAGAAAAACCGACCGGCCGAAUGCCCCCUAGACCAGACAAAGAGUACUCAGGUGUUCAAACACCUGACAUGUUUACAAAUGACCCUACAUUGUCCACGAGAGGACAGAUUUCUCGGGAGUCCACAGUGUAUUUAGGUUUAAGUACUACAGGUACACCAGAUAAGGUAACAGCACAGUCAAACAAAACCAGAGUGUCAGAUAGAGUAGUUGUCAUUGAUGAUUCACUCUCAUCUGUAUAUUUAGCUGAGGAAACCACAGUGGCAGUUAAGACUGCUGGUCACACAGGGGAGUCCAUUGAAACCACUGCAUCUCCUCUGUACAGUGUCAUUGAAACACUGAGGACAACAAUGGCAUCAUUGACAGACUAUUUCAUCCAAUACACAACCCAGGAUACCUCAACAAUUUCAAAAUCAAUGGAAACAGAAACUGAGACAACCAAACCCUUCAGUACAGUAACAGCCGGUGGGGAAGUGCCUGUGGAGCACACCACAAAACAACAGAGUGGAGAAGAGACAACUACAAGUGCAAACAAAGAGAUGGACAUAUCUGAGAAACCAGACAUCACCCUGGCCACGGCAAGAGAGAUGGUCGGCUCUAAAGACCCAGACACUGACAAGUUAACCACAGAGACUGGGAUAGCUUCUUCGUACAAUACUGGGUCAACAACAGUUUCACCUGAGGAGAGAAAAUCUACUUCUCCCGCCACUGUUGAGGCUGUUCAGGAAAAAGAGAGUGCUGUCACAGUAAAGACAUCCCUAUUCUUGCCUUCAACGGACAAGACUGUAAUAAGUCAUGGUGUCACAGCCACAACGGAAGGUGGUUCAGGUGGGACUCCUGAUAUUUUGACACAAACUUCUACGGACACACCUACAUCUUCCCUAGCAAGCACAGAGGGAUUGUCCACAAAGUCCCCUACUAUUAAUAUUGGACCAGAGUCAAGCUCUGUUACAGCAACAGAGGAGAACACAUCAACAAAUGUGUUCAGCACAGAGAAGCCUUUGGUGACAAAAAAAUCCAAUGAUACAGCUGACAGUUCAAGGUCAACACCAUCUCCAGCGUCCUCAUUUUACAGCACUGAGAGAACAACAUCAAUUUCUUCUGAGUCUCAACACAGCUUCACAACGAGUCAAUCUAAGACAUCUUCUGUUACACCAGAAGAUAGUUCCGUUUUGUCCUCAACUCUUGGAGUGAGUUCAAGUGACAUCACAUUCGACGUGUCCACACAAGAAACUGUUACUGCUGCCGUUACAAUAUCUACCACUUCAGCAUCUUCUUCCUUCCUCUCUGAAAAAGUAUCCUCAACACCUACUGAGACAAGUUCUGAGUUAACCUCUACAGAAAAAGACAGCUCAGUAGAUCAAGCCAAUGGUACAUCAGAGAGUGUACCUAAGACAGCCUCCUCUUUGUUCAGUACUGAGGAACCAACCAUGUUACCAUCUGUAGAACAGGAGAGCGCUGUCACAGUUCUGACAGGAGCAUCUUCUAUAUCGCCUGUAACAGAGAAGAAAGACAUAAUUUAUCAUCCUACCAAAAAAGACGGUUCAGGUGAAGGAACUCCUGAUAUGUUUACACCUACCUUUCCUUACAGACCUUCUUCCUCCCUGCGCAGCACAGAAGAACUGCCCACAAAAUCACCUACCAUUGAAACAUCUAUUGGACCAGAGAGAAGUUUCUUUAUAACCACAGGGGAAGAGGACACCUCUAUAUCUGAUGUUUCAACCAAAGAGACUGAAAUAGUAACUACACCAUCUUUGUUCAGCACAGAGAAACCAUCAGUGACAUUUGAAUCCCAUGAAACAGCUGACAGUACAUGGACAACUGUAUCUCCAGACUCUCCUCUGUACAGCACUGAGAGACCAACAUCAAUCUCUUCUGAGUCUCAACAAAGCUUCACAAUGAGUCAAUAUAAGACAUUUUCCAUCACACCAGAAGGUAGUUCAGUUUUAUCCUCAACUCUUGGAGCAAGUUCAGGUGACAUAACAUCGGAUGUGUCCACACAACAAACUGUUACUGUAACAUCCUCCUCCCUAAAAUCAACCUUGUCCCCACCUUCCUCACUCUAUAGUACAGAGAAACCAGCAUUCACAACAGAACCUCAAGAAAGUGUCUCUAAAGAUCAACCCUCUUUCACAGCAGAGGCUAGUUCCAUUUUUGCAUCAACAGAGGAGGGCUCUGGUGAAGUAACAUCUGAUGGGUCUCCUAAAGAGACUGAAACAGCAUCAUCAACAUCAACGUUCAGCACAAAGAAACCAUCAGUGACAACAGAAUCCCAUGAAACAAUUGACAGUUCAAGGACAACAGCAUAUCCAGCCUCCUCUCUGUACAGCACUGACACGCCCACAAGCCAAUCAAAGACAGCCUCUGUUACACCAGAAGAUAGUGUAGUUUCAUCUUCAACCCGUGAAGAGGGCACAGAUGGUCAAACAAUUGAUAUGUCCACCCAAGAGACUGUUACUACCACAUCAUCCUCUGUGUUGAGUACAACGGAGCCAGAAAAAGAGGCAGCUGCUGUUAAAAUAUCUACUACUUCUGCUUCUCCCUCCUUUUCCACUGAAACAGCUACCGCCAUCUCAAGUGAGCAACCAGAACAGACAAGUACAGAUAUGUCUCCAGGCAGUGAGACCUCCGCUGGCACAUCAUCGUCUUUGUUAAGUACUGAGAAACCGACAAUGUUACCCUCAGGAAAGUCGUCAGUCUCGCCAAUCACAGAGAAGACAGAGAUCAGUGCUGAUCUAACAUCUAAAGAUGAAGCUGGUUCUGGUGAUGAAGCUCCUGACGUGUUCUCUCAGAUGUCUGAUGUCACAACUGUAUCUUCCCUGGCAAGCACAGGGGGACCAUCCACAGUGUCAUCAGAAACUGUAGUGGAUAUUUCAAAUCAGACAGUGAUGCAAUCAACAUAUGUUGCCUCAGAUGUCACAAAGACCAGUUCCAUAACCAGCUCUCAAAGUUCAACAUCACCUGAGGCAUCCGCAGAUUCUAGCGAUGAGAUCGUGGAAUAUGGUGUUAGCAAAGAACCUAUCAUGCUGGAAUCUUCCUCUUCCUUCUAUGGAUCAAGCACAGAGGCGGACACAGCAGCAGUAUCUACUCCUUCUGAAACAGAAUUUCCAGCGGACCUGACUUCUACGAUAUCUACUGAUGAAUCGUUAAUUAUCUCAACCACCAUUUCUUCAUUGCUCACCACAGCGAAACCUGCAGUGACAACAGCAUCAGAUAAAGCAAUUGAUGGUAUAAAAUCAACCUUGUCCCCACCUUCCCCACACUAUAGUACAGAGAAACCAGCAUUCACAACAGAACCUCAAGAAAGUGUCUCUAAAGAUCAAUCCUCUAUCACAGCAGAGGCUAGUUCCAUUUUUGCAUCAACAGAGGAGGGCUCUGGUGAAAUAAAAUCUGAUGGGUCUCCUAAAGAGACUGAAACAGAAUCAUCAACAUCAACGUUCAGCACAAAGAAACAAACAGUGACAACAGAAUCCCAUGAAACAAUUGACAGUUCAAGGACAACAGCAUAUCCAGCCUCCUCUCUGUACAGCACUGACACGCCCACAAGCCAAUCAAAGACAGCCACUGUUACACCACAAGAUAGUGUAGUUUCAUCUUCAACCCUUGAAGAGGGCUCAGAUGGUCAAACAAUUGAUAUGUCCACCCAAGAGACUGUUACUAUCACAUCAUCCUCUGUGUUGAGUACAACGGAGCCAGAAAAAGAAGCAGCUGCUGUUAAAAUAACUACUACUUCUGCUUCUCCCUCCUUUUCCACUGAAACAGCUACCGCCAUCUCAAGUGAGCAACCAGAACAGACAAGUACAGAUAUGUCUCCAGGCAGUGAGACCUCCGCUGGCACAUCAUCGUCUUUGUUAAGUACUGAGAAACCGACAAUGUUACCCUCAGGAAAGUCGUCGGUCUCGCCAAUCACAGAGAAGACAGAGAUCAGUGCUGAUCUAACAUCUAAAGAUGAAGCUGGUUCUGGUGAUGAAGCUCCUGACGUGUUCUCUCAGAUGUCUGCUGUCACAACUGUAUCUUCCCUGGCAAGCACAGAGGGACCAUCCACAGUGUCAUCAGAAACUGUAGUGGAUAUUUCAAAUCAGACAGUGAUGCCAUCAACAUAUGUUGCCUCAGAUGUCACAAAGACCAGUUCCAUAACCAGCUCUCAAAGUUCAACAUCACCUGAGGCAUCCGCAGAUUCUAGCGAUGAGAUCGUGGAAUAUGGUGUUAGCAAAGAACCUAUCAUGCUGGAAUCUUCCCCUUCCUUCUAUGGAUCAAGCACAGAGGUGGACACAGCAGCAGUAUCUACUCCUUCUGAAACAGAAUUUCCAGCGGACCUGACUUCUACGAUAUCUACUGAUGAAUCGUUAAUUAUCUCAACCACCAUUUCUUCUUUAUUCACCACAGAGAAACCUGCAGUGACAACAGCAUCAGAUGAAGCAAUUGAUGGUAUAAAAUCAACCUUGUCCCCACCUUCCUCACUCUAUAGUACAGAGAAACCAGCAUUCACAACAGUACCUCAAGAAAGUGUCUCUAUAGAUCAAUCCUCUAUCACAGCAGAGGCUAGUUCCAUUUUUGCAUCAACAGAUGAGGGCUCUGGUGAAGUAACAUCUGAUGGGUCUCCUAAAGAGACUGAAACAGCAUCAUCAACAUCAACGUUCAGCACAAAGAAACCAUCAGUGACAGCAGAAUCCCAUGAAACAAUUGACAGUUCAAGGACAACAGCAUAUCCAGCCUCCUCUCUGCACAGCACUGACACGCCCACAAGCCAAUCAAAGACAGCCUCUGUUACACCGGAAGAUAGUGUCGUUUCAUCUUCAACCCUUGAAGAGGGCUCAGAUGGUCAAACAAUUGAUAUGUCCACCCAAGAGACUGUUACUAUCACAUCAUCCUCUGUGUUGAGUACAACGGAGCCAGAAAAAGAAGCAGCUGCUGUUAAAAUAUCUACUAAUUCUGCUUCUCCCUCCUUUUCCACUGAAACAACUACCGCCAUCUCAAGUGAGCAACCAGAACAGACAAACACAGAUAUGUCUCCAGGCAGUGAGACCUCCGCUGGCACAUCAUCCUCUUUGUUAAGUACUGAGAAACCGACCAUGUUACCCUCAGGAAAGUCGUCAGUCUCGCCAAUCACAGAGAAGACAGAGAUCAGUGCUGAUCUAACAUCUAAAGAUGAAGCUGGUUCUGGUGAUGAAGCUCCUGACGUGUUCUCUCAGAUGUCUGCUGUCACAACUGUAUCUUCCCUGGCAAGCACAGGGGGACCAUCCACAGUGUCAUCAGAAACUGUAGUGGAUAUUUCAAAUCAGACAGUGAUGCCAUCAACAUAUGUUGCCUCAGAUGUCACAAACACCAGUUCCAUAACCAGCUCUCAAAGUUCAACAUCACCCGAGGCAUUCGCAGAUUCUAGUGAUGAGAUUGUGGAAUAUGGUGUUAGCAAAGAACCUAUCAUGCUGGAAUCUUCCUCUUCCUUCUAUGGAUCAAGCACAGAGGCGGCCACAGCAGUAGUAACUACUCCUUCUGAGACAGAAUUUCCAGCGGACCUGACUUCUACGAUAUUUACUGAUGAAUCGUUAAUUAUCUAUACCACCAUUUCUUCAUUGUUCACCACAGCGAAACCUGCAGUGACAACAGCAUCAGAUAAGGCAAUUGAUGGUAUAAAAUCAACCUUGUCCCCACCUUCCCCACUCUAUAGUACAGAGAAACCAGCAUUCACAACAGAACCUCAAGAAAGUGUCUCUAAAGUUCAAUCCUCUAUCACAGCAGAGGCUAGUUCCAUUUUUGCAUCAACAGAGGAGGGCUCUGGUGAAGUAACAUCUGAUGGGUCUCCUAAAGAGACUGAAACAGCAUCAUCAACAUCAACGUUCAGCACAAAGAAACCAUCAGUGACAACAGAAUCCCAUGAAACAAUUGACAGUUCAAGGACAACAGCAUAUCCAGCCUCCUCUCUGUACAGCACUGACACGCCCACAAGCCAAUUAAAGACAGCCUCUGUUACACCGGAAGAUAGUGUAGUUUCAUCUUCAACCCUUGAAGAGGGCUCAGAUGGUCAAACAAUUGAUAUGUCCACCCAAGAGACUGUUACUAUCACAUCAUCCUCUGUGUUGAGUACAACGGAGCCAGAAAAAGAAGCAUCUGCUGUUAAAAUAUCUACUACUUAUGCUUCUCCCUCCUUUUCCACUGAAACAGAUACCGCCAUCUCAAGUGAGCAACCAGAACAGACAAGUACAGAUAUGUCUCCAGGCAGUGAGACCUCCGCUGGCACAUCAUCGUCUUUGUUAAGUACUGAGAAACCGACCAUGUUACCCUCAGGAAAGUCGUCAGUCUCGCCAAUCACAGAGAAGACAGAGAUCAGUGCUGAUCUAACAUCUAAAGAUGAAGCUGGUUCUGGUGAUGAAGCUCCUGACGUGUUCUCUCAGAUGUCUGCUGUUACAACUAGAAACCUGCAGUGA